CCGCUAUUCUAGUAGCAGGCUCUUCACUCGUACUUUGGCUGCUUGUUAUUAAAAUAAGCAAGAAACUGAUAUCUCGAUCGGCACUCUCGCCGGCGGUACGAGUCGACGAAAGCACGGUUAAUCUCUCCCCAAACUCGAAAAGAAAGGCAGGAGAAUGGAUUCCUGUGGAAUUUGCUUAUCCGAAAUUUUCGACAUGUGAGAAAGCCAUUCAAGAUAGACUCCCUCCGCCGUACCGACCUUUUAGAUGGGGAAAGUAUAAUAUUACAAUGGGUAUUCGUAGUAUGCCAUGGGAAGAAUGGGUGGAGGUCGACAAUCAGUUGUCGAGAUACCAUGCAAUUCGAGUAGACCGACUUGCAAGACGAGGUGACAAAGCGAUUAGAACCUUGCCGGCACGUUCAGGUGUGCCAGGUGGAGGUUCAGCAGCAAAGGAACUGGUAUACGAACUAGCUGAAUACCUCUCGAGACGUUAUCCGGAUACUUAUCGUGUCACUCGGCAUAGCCCAAGCCCUAACGAUUAUGGAUGGUAUGGGGAAGGCCAAGUGAAGGAGAUAACGAUUGUUCCAAUUGACGUCACUUACAACCUUGACGAUGAAGAUCCUAUGAAAGUGUCUGGCCUACUCGUCGAGGACGACCUCGCCUUGAUGGUAGAGGGUGACGAUGGAAGGUAUUACUUCCAGGCAGGCGCAAUUCUCGUACCUGGGUUUUGGCGCAUGUCCGACAAGCUCGGAAUGCCUCUGGAAGACAUUCAUAUCAGUGGAUCUGUUCCUCAAUUUCGUGAAAAGCUACAGUACAGCAUGUCACGCUUCUUUAGCAAGCUCUCGGUAGACAAACCUGUGAUCCGCAACAACUAUUUCUUCCAGAUCGUACGUCCGGCAGAUGAUCCUGCUCGGGCUACUUCCAUCGAUCCAGAUGAGCUUGCUUGGUCCGACACUACUAACGGUGAUGAGGACCACUUUGUACAUCCUGCAGGAGGAACAGCAAGCGGAAAUCAGUCCAACGAGGAUGGAAAUUCUCUCGAGCCGCCACCGGUGGUCAACAAGCUCAGCCUGAGGGCACAGAAGCAACCUCUUGGGACAGACACCGUUGAUUGUAUUCGUUUCAGGACUGAAAGGCAGACUCUGCGUCGUCUCCCAAAGAGCGGCGCGAUUGCCUUCACCAUCAGGACGUACAUCUUCAAUGUCGUCGACCUAGCCGAAGAACCCGGAGUUCCGGGGCGGAUGGCGAGUGCAAUCAGGAGCUGGCCAGAGGAGGUACAGAUGUACAAAGGGGAGGGGUUGUACGGGCCAACGAUACUACCUUAUCUUGACCAGAAGCAUGCGGAGCAGAUAAGGAAUGGCAUUAUUGCAGAGGAUGAUACAACCGCGAAUUACCCGUAUUAAAGACAGUGCGGAGUUCCAGUAUCAUGGCUAAAGCGUAAAGCUACAUGUACAGAU